GUGGGCGGAUCACGAGGUCAGGAGAUCAAGACCAUCCUGGCUAAACGGUGAAACCCCCAUCUCUACUAAAAAUACAAAACAUUAGCCGCUCAUGGUGGUGGCGCCUGUAGUCCUAGCUACUCGGGAGGCUGAGGCAGAAGUAUGGUGUGAACCUGGGAGGCAGAGCUUGUGGUGAGCCAAGAUCGUGACACUGCACUCCAGCCUGGGUGACAGAGCGAGACUGUCUCAAAAAAAAAAAAAAAAAAAAAGUGGAACCCUGUCUCAAAAAGAAAAUACAGAUUUCUCCUAGUUGCCAAGCCUACAGCAAAAUAACAUUUUUUGGUACAGCAUUUCCCAAUAAGCAGUGUCACUGCUUUAUUUAUAAGCCUUUUAAAUUCAAAAUAGAUAAGUAAACCCAACACCAACUCUGUGGCUGAAAUACCGCUUUUUAUAAAUUACAAGUUUCUUACAACUAAGUUCCCUUAUGGGCAUACUCACUUUUUCAGAAAAAAAUACUUACCAGGCAGUGAGAUGCUUCAUCUUAAUGUCUUAAACCGACUUUUUAAGCUGUGGGUAGGCACUUAGAAGAAUGGGUUUUUCUUUCCCCCAAGCUGCCGCUUGAUUCUUUUUUAUGUUUUCUAUAGACUAAUGACCCCAGUGGUGGCCACAUUUCCAAAUCUUUUAUGUCUUUGUUUUUCUGAGAUUGUUGAGCCACUCAUCUAGGAGGCAGGGAAACCAUUAAUGGCUGGCUUCUGGACACAUCUGUUAUGAAGUGUGAAGCAGAGUUAACUCAGGAAGUUCCCAAAGAACUAAAUUUUGGCCCAUAGAGAGUUUAUGAAAUGAACAGAGAAACAAGAUGUCUCUUCCCAGUCUUAGGUAUCUGUGGGCAUCCAUUUUAAUACCUGGUUUCUUCAGAAUUAGCCUGUGACACUUUUCUGUAUUUCUGAAAUAUUUUUCUAGCAUGUGCUUCUCUCUGAAAGACCUGGUUUGUAGUAAUUGUGUUUGUUUUUUGUUUGUCUGUUUUUGAGACGGAAUCUCACUCCAUCGCCAGGCUGGAGUGCAGUGGUGCGAUCUUGGCUCACUGCAACCUCUGCCUCCCAGGUUCAAGCGAUUCUCCUGCCUCAGCCUGCCAAAUAGCUGGGAUUACAGGCACGUGCCACUACAUCCAGCUAAUUUUUGUAUUUUUAGUAGAGUCGGGGUUUCACCAUGUUGGCCAGGCUGGUCUCGAUCUCUUGACCUCGUAAUCUGCCCUCCUCGGCCUCCCAAAGUGUUGGGAUUACAGGCGCGAGCCACCACGCACAGCAUGUAGUAACUGUUUUAAAUUAAGCAAGUGAUAAAGAAUUUGCUGGUUUUAAGCCACCACAAAAGAUGGUUUAAAACAAUUUAGCAAUAAAAUUUGGACAAAAAAUAAUUGAUUUGGUCUUAAUUUAUAUCAGAAGUGACUUCUAAGUCUGUAGUUGGCUUCACAAUAUGCAGAUUAUUAGCAUAGCAGAGAGGGCAGGGGACACCAUAGUCAUUGCUUCAUAGUGAGCGGCAAUUCUAUCUUCAGUAUAAGGCCCAGAAGGUUUUUUUGAAAUACUUUUCAUUUUUGGCCCCAAUUAGACUUUGGUAUUUCAUAUAGAAUAUUUUGAGACUUCUAAGUUAGGGUAACAUACCCAGUUUCAAAAUUUCUAGGGGUUACUCUUUGAUUUUGGUAGAUUUCACUCUUUAUCCUUUUAUUUUCCAUUUUUUAUAGUUAACGUUGAUUUUGGAUUAGAAUAAUAAAUGAGGCAGCAUUUUAUUACAUUUGGAUUAGUUGACUUGCCAUUUACAGAUGAUAUUGCUAUUACAGAGUAACAGCCUUUAUUAAUUAGAAAACUGGAUUUGCAUAUAUUAAAUUUUAAUUUCUGGUGCUUUGCCUUUUGUUUUUGCUGUUUUGGGUUUUAGAACUACUUUAUAUCCUGCGAAAUUGUGUUAGAUUUGCAUUAUUAAAAAUUGAUAAAUUUUUACCAUAUUAUGGGAAGCAUUUAUGAUCUCAUUAGAAACCAUACAUAUUCUCAACUGCCCAAGUUUUACUAAUUUUAUUUUCUCAUUAAAGACAAACUUUUGUUUUAAGGAACUUGGGAAAGUUGAUAUGAAUUUCUAAUUUAAUGUAUUAGGUCAUUAAAAUAAUUCUUGAGUUCCCUUACACACAUACAGGCUUUUCAUUUUUUCAAAAGUAUCCUCCUUAAAGUCUGUAACAGUUAACAUUUUUGGGUACCUUUGCCCAGGUAUGUCGCAGGCAGGGGUGGAGUGGGGGCAUGCAUUGGUCGAGUCACAUAUCAUUACUGUAUUUAGUUUGGGGAGUAUACAGAAACUUAAGGUUUUUGGUUUUUGUUUGUUUGGUUUGGUUUGUUUUGUUUUGUUUUAAGAAUACCGUAGCAGUAGGCAGGACAGUUCCAAUUCAACAAAAACCUCUUUACCCUGGCACUCAAAACUGUAAUGAUGAUGAACUGGUAAGCAUUUUUCUGUUUUCAGAUGUUCAACAUCAAAAUGAGAAAAGCACUAACACUUGAUUUAAAAAUAAUUGAUUGCUAGUAUUUCUCUGAUUUUCAACUUGAAGUUCAUUACUGAACUGUUUUUUUUAAGUCUUAUCAGAAGUGUGCCAGAUUAGACUCAUAGUCAAAAUGUCCUGUUAAAAACUGGGAAAAUCAGAGAGUACUUAUUUUGCCUGCCUGCUUUAAGUAUUCAAAAUACAGUAGAUAUGUGCCCGGCUCAGUGGCUCACGCCUAUAAUCCCAGCACUUUGGGAUGCCAAGGCAGGAGGAUGGCUUGAGUCCGGGAGUUUGUGACCAGCCUUGGCAACAUAGUGAGAUCUAGUCUCUACAAAAAAUUUUAAAAAUUAGUUGGGCAUAGUGGCAUACUCCUGGAGUCCCUUCCUCUUGGGAAGCUGAGGUGAGAGGAUCACUUGAGCCCAGAAGGUUGAGGCUAUGGUGAAUCAUGAGUGCACUGCAGUCAAUGAACCAUGAGUGCACUGCACUCCAGCCUGCGCGACAGAGCAAGACUCUGUCUUAAAAAAAGGAAGGAAGGAUGGAUGGAUGGAUACAUCAAGCCAUAUGCACAUGAAAGCAGAAACUAUGUUCCAACUUCCUGUCAACAAUCUUGGCAGUUUAAGAAAAGCCCGGAAAACUGUGAAAAAAAUACUUAGUGACAUUGGGUUGGAAUACUGUAAAGAACAUAUAGAAGAUUUUAAACAAUUUGAACCUAAUGACUUUUAUUUGAAAAACACUACAUGGGAGGAUGUAGGACUGUGGGACCCUUCACUUACGAAAAACCAGGACUAUCGGACAAAACCUUUCUGCUGCAGCGCUUGUCCAUUUUCCUCAAAAUUCUUCUCUGCCUACAAAAGUCAUUUCCGAAAUGUCCAUAGUGAAGACUUUGAAAAUAGGAUUCUCCUUAAUUGCCCCUACUGUACCUUCAAUGCAGACAAAAAGACUUUGGAAACACACAUUAAAAUAUUUCAUGCUCCGAACGCCAGCGCACCAAGUAGCAGCCUCAGCACUUUCAAAGAUAAAAACAAAAAUGAUGGCCUUAAACCUAAGCAGGCUGACAGUGUAGAGCAAGCUGUUUAUUACUGUAAGAAGUGCACUUACCGAGAUCCUCUUUACGAAAUAGUUAGGAAGCACAUUUACAGGGAACAUUUUCAGCAUGUGGCAGCACCUUACAUAGCAAAGGCAGGAGAAAAAUCACUCAAUGGGGCAGUCCCCUUAGGCUCAAAUGCCCGAGAAGAGAGUAGUAUUCACUGCAAGCGAUGCCUUUUCAUGCCAAAGUCCUAUGAAGCUUUGGUACAGCAUGUCAUCGAAGACCAUGAACGUAUAGGCUAUCAGGUCACUGCCAUGAUUGGGCACACAAAUGUAGUGGUUCCCCGAUCCAAACCCUUGAUGCUAAUUGCUCCCAAACCUCAAGACAAGAAGAGCAUGGGACUCCCACCAAGAAUCGGUUCCCUUGCUUCUGGAAAUGUCCGGUCUUUACCAUCACAGCAGAUGGUGAAUCGACUCUCAAUACCAAAGCCUAACUUAAAUUCUACAGGAGUCAACAUGAUGUCCAGUGUUCAUCUGCAGCAGAACAACUAUGGGGUCAAAUCUGUAGGCCAGGGUUACAGUGUUGGUCAGUCAAUGAGACUGGGUCUAGGUGGCAACGCACCAGUUUCCAUUCCUCAGCAAUCUCAGUCUGUAAAGCAAUUACUUCCAAGUGGAAAUGGAAGGUCUUAUGGGCUUGGGUCAGAGCAGAGGUCCCAGGCACCAGCAAGAUACUCCCUGCAGUCUGCUAAUGCCUCUUCUCUCUCAUCGGGCCAGUUAAAGUCUCCUUCCCUCUCUCAGUCACAGGCAUCCAGAGUGUUAGGUCAGUCCAGUUCCAAACCUGCUGCAGCUGCCACAGGCCCUCCCCCAGGUAACACUUCCUCAACUCAAAAGUGGAAAAUAUGUACAAUCUGUAAUGAGCUUUUUCCUGAAAAUGUCUAUAGUGUGCACUUCGAAAAAGAACAUAAAGCUGAGAAAGUCCCAGCAGUAGCCAACUACAUUAUGAAAAUACACAAUUUUACUAGCAAAUGCCUCUACUGUAAUCGCUAUUUACCCACAGAUACCCUGCUCAACCAUAUGUUAAUUCAUGGUCUGUCUUGUCCAUAUUGCCGUUCAACUUUCAAUGAUGUGGAAAAGAUGGCCGCACACAUGCGGAUGGUUCACAUUGAUGAAGAGAUGGGACCUAAAACAGAUUCUACUUUGAGUUUUGAUUUGACAUUGCAGCAGGGUAGUCACACUAACAUCCAUCUCCUGGUAACUACAUACAAUCUGAGGGAUGCCCCAGCUGAAUCUGUUGCUUAUCAUGCCCAAAAUAACCCUCCAGUUCCUCCAAAGCCACAGCCAAAAGUUCAGGAAAAGGCAGAUAUCCCUGUUAAAAGUUCACCUCAAGCUGCAGUGCCCUAUAAAAAAGAUGUUGGGAAAACCCUUUGCCCUCUUUGCUUUUCAAUCCUAAAAGGACCCAUAUCUGAUGCACUUGCACAUCACUUACGAGAGAGGCACCAAGUUAUUCAGACGGUUCAUCCAGUUGAGAAAAAGCUCACCUACAAAUGUAUCCAUUGCCUUGGUGUGUAUACCAGCAACAUGACCGCCUCGACUAUCACUCUGCAUCUAGUUCACUGCAGGGGUGUUGGAAAGACCCAAAAUGGCCAGGAUAAGACAAAUGCACCCUCUCGGCUUAAUCAGUCUCCAAGUCUGGCACCUGUGAAGCGCACUUACGAGCAAAUGGAAUUUCCCUUACUGAAAAAACGAAAGUUAGAGGAUGAUAGUGAUUCACCCAGCUUCUUUGAAGAGAAGCCUGAAGAGCCUGUUGUUUUAGCUUUAGACCCCAAGGGUCAUGAAGAUGAUUCCUAUGAAGCCAGGAAAAGCUUUCUAACAAAGUAUUUCAACAAACAGCCCUAUCCCACCAGGAGAGAAAUUGAGAAGCUAGCAGCCAGUUUAUGGUUAUGGAAGAGUGACAUCGCUUCCCAUUUUAGUAACAAAAGGAAGAAGUGUGUCCGUGAUUGUGAAAAGUACAAGCCUGGCGUGUUGCUGGGGUUUAACAUGAAAGAAUUAAAUAAAGUCAAGCAUGAGAUGGAUUUUGAUGCCGAGUGGCUAUUUGAAAAUCAUGAUGAGAAGGAUUCCAGAGUCAAUGCUAGUAAGACUGCUGACAAAAAGCUGAACCUUGGGAAGGAAGAUGACAGUUCCUCAGACAGUUUUGAAAAUUUGGAAGAAGAAUCCAAUGAAAGUGGUAGCCCUUUUGACCCUGUUUUUGAAGUUGAACCUAAAAUCUCUAACGAUAACCCAGAGGAACAUGUACUGAAGGUAAUUCCUGAGGAUGCUUUAGAAUCUGAGGAGAAGCUAGACCAAAAAGAGGAUGGUUCGAAAUACGAAACUAUUCAUUUGACUGAAGAACCAACCAAACUAAUGCACAAUGCAUCUGAUAGUGAGGUUGACCAAGACGAUGUUGUUGAGUGGAAAGACGGUGCUUCUCCAUCUGAGAGUGGGCCUGGAUCCCAACAAGUGUCAGACUUUGAGGACAAUACCUGCGAAAUGAAACCAGGAACCUGGUCUGACGAGUCUUCCCAAAGCGAAGAUGCAAGGAGCAGUAAGCCAGCUGCCAAAAAAAAGGCUACCAUGCAAGGUGACAGAGAGCAGUUGAAAUGGAAGAAUAGUUCCUAUGGAAAAGUUGAAGGGUUUUGGUCUAAGGACCAGUCACAGUGGAAGAAUGCAUCUGAGAAUGAUGAGCGCUUAUCUAACCCCCAGAUUGAGUGGCAGAAUAGCACAAUUGACAGUGAGGAUGGGGAACAGUUUGACAACAUGACUGAUGGAGUAGCUGAGCCCAUGCAUGGCAGCUUAGCCGGAGUUAAACUGAGCAGCCAACAGGCCUAAGUGCCAGGUUCCCUGGCAUUGGUGACAUGCUGCAGCCUGGAACUGAUCUCCAGUGUGACUGCAAAGCUGUCUUCUCACUGGUACUGCCUUGUGAGUACUGGUUGGACUGCGGGGCAUGUGGCCGCUGCAGUUCCAGUGGUUAUUUCUAAGUCUAUGACACGACAGGCUGAUCUUGCUUCAGAACCUUCUCUGACAGACGUGGUAACUAAAUGUGAAAAACCAAUAAGCUGGUGACUCAUGAAUACACACGAGGAAAAGCAGAGGUUUAUUUUAUCUGCCUUUUCAACAUUUCUUUCCCUCUGUGAAAUGAUUGGUCAGAUGUCUUUGAGAAGCGUUAAACUAAUUCACAUGGUAGUGUAGGGCCAACAUACAAGCUACCAGUCUAAUGUGUAUAGUAGACUUUGGGAAAAGCGAUUUUUUUUCAUGUAUUCAUUCUGAAUAGUUGAAAUGUAUAUUUGUACAGUCUUUUAGACCUAUUCAAGUGAUGCUCAUGAUCCUGUUACUGUGUGCCCAUCAUAGAUUUCUUUUUUUAGUGUUGCCCUUGCUGUGUAAUAAACGCUCUAUCUAGUUUACCUAGCAAAAGCUCAAAACUGCGCUAGUAUGGACUUUUUGGACAGACUUAGUUUUUGCACAUAACCUUGUACAAUCUUGCAACAGAGGCCAGCCACGUAAGAUAUAUAUCUGGACUCUCUUGUAUUAUAGGAUUUUUCUUGUUCUGAAUAUCCUUGACAUUACAGCUGUCAAAAACAAAAACUGGUAUUUCAGAUCUGUUUUCUGAAAUCUUUUAAGCUAAAAUUACAUGCAAGAAUUGACUUUGCAGCUACUAAUUUUGACACCUUUUAGAUCUGUAUAAAAGUGUGUUGUGUUGAAGCAGCAAACCAAUGAGUGCUGCAUUUUGGAUAUUUAGUUUUAUCUUUAGUUCAGCACCAUCAAGGUGGAUUCAUUUAUACCAUCUAAUAUAUGACACACUGUUGUAGUAUGUAUAAUUUUGUGAUCUUUAUUUCCCUUUGUAUUCAUUUUAAGCAUCUAAAUAAAUUGCUGUAUUGUGCUUAAUGUAAAUAUUUGCUUUAUUACACAUGACAGUCCUGUGUGUCCAUUAUAUCUUUUGCCAUUUAAUGCCAUAACUCUUUCAUCAGAGACGGCCGCCACAGUCACAGAGGAAACUUGUGGAAAACGCAAGAUCUGCCAUCUGCAAAUAGAAUGCUCUCUCUUGAGGCACCUGGUACAAAAUCUGUUUUUCGUUUUUUUUUGUUUUUUGUUUUUUGUUUUUUUUAAACCGAAAAACACCCUUGAGUUUUUCAGUUCACCUUUUGUUAAGGAGCAGAGCCUGCAUAUAUAUGUAAAUGUCUCAAUGAUUAAAAAAAAAAAAUGUAAACAUGGAUUGGCAUUAAUUUGCAAGCAGAAUCUUAAUAGCCUGAUGGGUUUUUUGUUUGUUUUUUUCUUCUAGAUGAAGUUAAGCGUUCGUUUUCACCUUACGAUGGGAACAACUGUAGCGCAGGCAGCUCUGUGCCUCUAUGGCCACUCUUGGCCCUCUUGCUAUUAAGGGAAAGGCUUUGAAGAGCACAACAUUUACAGGGCUGUAAAGAUGGAAGGAGCUGGUAUUUUUACCAUGCGUAGAUUCCCAAGAGAACUUGUGCUAAAAAGCAGAAAGUUACAAGGAAGCAGAAUUAGGCCAACAUUUCCAGCAAUUAAAACGAUGGGAAACUCCAAUCCGUGAAGAGGCUGGUCAGUCACCUCAAGGAUACUGGCCUAAAGAAGUCUGAAGUGGCUGAUGUCCAUAACUUCUGAGUCCGUUUCCAAAAGACUCUUGUUAAUGCUGUUACCAGAGAGUAGAGAUUUGACCAGCGUCUCCCUAAAAUGGUACGCUUCUCAACAACAGUACAGGAAGAAGUGCAAGAAUAGACUAGAACCUUUAAGGAAUUUGGGGCUGGAACAGAGCUAUGUUGCAUCUGUUGUUAUACAGGUAGAUUAUAAAUUCUACAUGCACCAGCCAAAACUUAGGACAGGAUGCCCCCAAAUUAAGAUAUUACAGAUUACCAAAUCAGAAAUAACCAGCUGGAUUUAGGCCAGCUCACAUUUAUUUGGAAAUUACCUUCCCUGAUUAACAGGCUUCUGAGUUGUACGUGGAGGACUAAUGAGACUUGUACAAGACACCACAGGGCUUGGGGUCCAGGUCCCAGUUGGAUGUCGGAACAGAGACAGAUAAGUGUUUCCUCAUUAAGGUGGUGGGAGUGUGCCUUUUGGCAUUCAGAAAAGGGUUUAGCCACCCUAAGAGUUGGAAAUAAAGAUUCCCAACUGGAAAUGUUGCAGAAUCCCUACAAGUGUCUCAAUAAAAGCCAUUUUAAAAGAA